UGAAACAAUCAUGUUUCUUCAUGAGAUAUUUCACCAGGGCUUAAAAGCAAGAAUAGCUAACUGGCCUACCUUAAUUCUAGCUGACUUAUUUGACAUUCUGCUGCCAAUGCUGAACAUAUAUCAAGAAUUUGUCCGGAAUCAUCAGUAUAGCCUACAAGUGCUGGCAAACUGUAAGCAAAACAGAGAUUUUGACAAACUCUUGAAGCAAUAUGAGGCCAACCCAGCAUGUGAGGGCCGAAUGCUGGAAACUUUCCUCACCUACCCCAUGUUCCAGAUUCCCAGGUAUAUUAUAACACUUCAUGAACUUUUGGCUCACACACCACACGAGCACGUUGAGAGAAAAAGCCUUGAAUUUGCUAAAUCUAAACUAGAAGAACUUUCAAG